GAGGCGCUUCACAGAGGGAGGGAAGUGCCGUGAGAGACACCCUCUUCUGAAACACUCACACUCAAGCCGGCAGCCGCGCCCGGAUCACCCGCUGCCCUGCGCUCAGUGCCCCGCUCUCCCGUGAUAGCAUGGCCAGUUCGAGCAAAGCCACUUUAAUUUUGCUCAUCUACGGAAUCUUAAUGCACUACAGCGUCUUCUGCACACCUAUCGGACUAAGUUACCCUAAGAUUAGACUGGAUAACGAUGUGUUCGAUGAGGAGGGCAACUCGUUACCCGACAUGGGCUUUGACGGCGAGCAGCUCGCCCUCCGAAGCCCCCAGUCGUUAAACGACGACCCCUACACGGUGUUCUACCCCCCGGAGCAGAGAGCAGAAAGGCAUGCUGAGGAAGAAUUAGAUAGAGCCUUGAGGGAGAUCCUGGGUCAGUUAACUGCGAGACAUUAUCUGCAUUCUCUGAUGACAAUUCGUGCAGGUGAAGACAGCAGCGUGGAGGAGGAGUCAGAGCCGCUGUCCAAGAGACACUCGGACGGGAUCUUCACCGACAGCUACAGCCGCUACCGGAAGCAGAUGGCGGUGCAGAAGUACCUGGCGGCGGUGCUGGGGAGAAGGUACAGACAGAGAGUCCGGAACAAAGGACGCCGGCUCGCCUACUUGUAGCUCCGGAGGCCGGAGGCC